GAUGUCCCCAAAGCUGACAGCUGCAGCAUAGCACCGUGUUUCCACCGACCACUUAUUUAUUUCAUUAUCUUCCAUCCGUGUCGUGUGGAAUCAUGAGUGGAAUGCACGGUUUCGCCUUCCCGCUACUGCUGCUGCUGUCCAGCUGCACACCUUCCCGGGGAUACUUCUCGGAGGAGCGCUGGAGCCCCGAGUCGCCGCUGCUCGCACCCCGGGUCCUCCUCACCCUCAUCUGCCGCAACUCGGAGCACUCCCUGCCCUACGUGCUCGGCACCGUGGAGAGGUUGGACUACCCCAAAGAGCGCAUGGCUGUGUGGGUAGCAACCGACCAUAACGAGGACAACACCACAGCCAUCCUGCGUGACUGGCUCAUCAAGGUGCAGAAUCUCUACCAUUAUGUGGAGUGGAGGCCCAAAGAGGAGCCCAGCCACUAUGAGGAUGAAGAAGGUCCCAAACACUGGACAGAUCCCCGUUAUGAGCAUGUUAUGAGGCUUCGGCAAGUUGCACUGGAGUCAGCCCGUGAAAUGUGGGCCGACUACUUUAUGGUGAUGGACUGCGAUAACCUCCUCACCAACCCAAAUGUCCUCUGGAACCUCAUAAGCGAGAAUAAGACAGUCAUCGCUCCCAUGCUGGACUCCCGUGCCGCUUAUUCCAACUUCUGGUGCGGAAUGACCAGCCAGGGCUACUACAAACGCACCCCAGCCUACAUGCCUGUGAGGAAGCGCGUGCGUAAGGGCUGUUUUGCAGUUCCCAUGGUGCACUCCACCUUCCUCAUCGACCUCAGGAAAGAAGCAUCCAGGCAGCUGGCUUUUCACCCGCCUCACGCAGAAUACAAUUGGGCUUUCGACGACAUCAUUGUGUUCGCCUACUCGGCUCGAAGGGCAGACGUGCAGAUGUUUCUCUGCAACAGAGAGACGUACGGUUACCUCACCGUGCCGCUGCGUGCCCACAAUACUUUGCAAGACGAGGCCGACAGCUUUGUGCAUUCUGUGUUGGAGGUAAACGUGCGCCACCCCCCGGUGUUGCCAUCCCAGUUCAUCCCAGUUCCCUUGAGACAGCCGGACAAAAUGGGGUUCGAUGAGGUGUUCAUGAUCAACCUGAGAAGGCGUACUGACCGCCGAGAGCGUAUGCUGAGAGCCCUCCAUGAGCAGGAGAUUGCAUGCAAGAUCAUUGACGCCGUAGAUGGAAAGGCAUUAAAUAGCAGCGAUGUCCAAGCGAUGGGCAUCCACAUGCUCCCUGGAUACAGCGACCCUUAUCAUGGCCGCCCGCUGACCAAAGGAGAACUGGGGUGCUUCCUGUCCCACUUUAACAUCUGGAAAGAGGUUGUGGAGCGAGGCCUGCCCACCUCGCUGGUCAUCGAAGACGACCUGCGCUUCGAGGUCUUCUUCAAGCGGCGCCUCAUGAACCUGAUGAGCGAGAUCGAGGAUGAAGGACUGGACUGGGAUCUCAUUUACAUCGGUCGCAAACGAAUGCAAGUGGACCACUCCGAGAAAGCGGUGCCGAAUAUUCACAAUCUGGUGGAAGCGGAUUAUUCCUACUGGACUCUGGGUUAUAUGAUCUCCUUGCAAGGAGCUCAGAAGCUUCUAAGAGCCGAGCCUUUAAAGAGAGUCCUGCCAGUGGAUGAGUUCCUACCAAUCAUGUUCAAUAAACACCCAGUGUCAGAUUACAUGAAGCAGUUUGAGACCCGAGACCUCAAAGCCUUCUCAGCAGAGCCCCUCUUGGUGUACCCCACCCACUACACGGGCGACUCGGGCUACAUCAGCGACACGGAAACGUCCACCGUGUGGGACAAUGACAAGAUCCGCACAGACUGGGACAGAACACGCUCGGGGAAAACCCAGGAGCAGGCUGAGCUCAGCACCGAGGCCCAGAACUCCGACGUGCUUCAGUCGCCUUUGGACAGCACAGCACGAGACGAGCUAUGAGACACCACACCCCGCACAAAAAGUACCCUUUGUUUUUUUUUAAGUAUUAUUUGGCUGUGGCAUUACAGAUUAAGGGAUGUAACAAAUGUUUGUGGUUGAUCAAAAAGGCACUAGACUUGCCAUACGAGAUGGCAUUUGCAGUACCCAACCUGUGUCUGUCAUACAGAAACAAACCUUCAUAUAUUUUUUCACGUCCAUCGUGACGUUACACUGUGAAUCAGGCUACGACUGCAUGUCACUGCAAAAUUAAAUUCAUCCUAAAUCAUGCAAUCUGCAGGCCUUUAAAAUCUAGAAAUCGCAUUUCUGUUCACAAUUUGCAUGUGGAUGCUCCCCCUCAUAUUUCACAGCACACCUCAUAAUCCAUACAAAAUAAAAUAAACCCCCUGCUGUCUUUCAGCAGCAUUUUUGGACAUGCCAUGACACCAUUACUGCUACAGAAAAAAUACAAAAAAUCUGGGAAAAAUAGUGUAGAAAGAAAUCCUAAAAAUACAAGAAAAUAUGUCUAAUUUUACAAGAUUAAAAUUGAAUUAUUGUAGUUUAUUAGAAAAAAAACCUUUGAGAGAAAAAUCUAUAUAAUAAGAAUAAAUAACAUAAUAUUACAAUGAUCAAGCUGUAAGAAAGUGUAUUUUUAACAUUACAAUAAUAAAGUAAUAAUUAUUAAAAUAUUCAAGUAAUAAUUAUAACAUUGUAAGAAUAAAGUAGGACUUUUUAAGAGGAAAAAAAAUCAUAAUACAUGAAUAAAGUCAACUUUUGACAUGACAAAUGUAUAAUUGACAAGAAUAAAGUUGGAUUUCUAAAGGAAAAAAAGUAUAGUACAAAAAUAAAGUCAACUUUUGAUGUGGAAAAUACAUAAUUAACUAGAAUGAAGUUGGAUUUUUAAGAGAAAAAAGGGUAGUACAAUAAUAUUUUUCAUCUUUUUAUAUGAAAAACAUAUAAUUGACAGGAAUAAAGUAGGAUUUUAAAGAGAAAAACAUCAAAAUACAUGAAUAAAGUCAUUUUUUAUGUGAAAAACAUAUAAUUGACAAGACUAAAGUUGGAUUUUUAAGAGGAAAAAAAGCAUAUUACAAAAAUAAAGUAAACUUUUGACAUGAAAAACAUGUAAUUUAUAAGAAUAAAGUUGUUUUAAGUGAGAAAUCCAUAAUUGACAAGAAUAAAUGUGAUCCUUUUAAGUGACAAAAUAUAAUAAAUUGUAAGAAAUUCUCAAUAUAACCAGAAUAAAACUGCAUAUUUCAAAGAAAUGUUACAGUCCUCAUCUUAACACAUGAUUCUGUUUAUGUUCAUAAUAUGAAAACCCUGUAAAAAAAUACUUUAUUCACAUAAAUUGAAGCCUUUUUCUCUUUAUAAAGCUACUUUAAAAUUGUCCUCUGCUGCCCCCUACCAUGCAAUUCCCACAGUGCCACAUCAGCUCCAAGGAGCAGCUGUUCACAGUGUUGUCGGUGAGGCAAACCGCCGUGCAGGCCUCAAGUGGGAAAAGCGUUUGCAGAUGCCCCUGUCAGACAUCCACCCUGAUGCCUUUAUCUUCCAGCCCAACAUCUGUAGUGACAUCUCGCCUAUUCCAUAUCCAUAGGAUUCUAAAUACUUUAUAAUAACACUCUCCUGCAGAUGCAACAUCCACUGCUUAUGUAAUCGGACAGGCUCAUGCCCACCAUAAGACAAAAUAGCCUUCACUUGAGAACUAACAUGCACUUUAUGUCAGUCAGUAGAGUUUUUACACCUUAAGUCAUUUAUGGCGCAUGUCUCUAAUUAUCCCCUGAAUGCGGACUGCCAAGGGAUGCCGAGCUGAGGCGUCGGUUGUACAUUUAAGAAAGUGAAUUGAUUAAAAGACACAGUAAAGCUCACUUGGAAGUCCCGGUGGUCACAUUUAUUGAUGUUUGACCGAGGUAACAGAUGUCAACAUGUCUUUGGUUACCAGUACAUCGAGACCAGAGCGCUUAGCACAUGGAUAUCGUAAAAGGUUCCGUCUCGUCGUCUGUCCUUUUAUAGUGUCCCCUCUCCAUUGCCAUACUAGAUUAACAAAAUAUUUUCAUAGUCCGAGCAUAGAAAAGCUGUUUAAUAUGUUUUUUACCA